AUGACAUUAAUAGUAGCGGUAAAACUAGUAGGAAAAGCAAUAAGAAUCACAAGAGAAACAGUAAAAGCAACAAGAACAUUAACAAAAACAACUGUAAAAGCAACAAUUAUAGUAACACCAAUAGGAAAAAUUAGCAACAGCAGCAAGAGCAAGAGCAAAAGCAACUACACCACCAACAGUAACAACAGCAACAAUCAAAGCAACAGAAACAGUAACAGCAAAAGGAAGAGCAACAACAGAAGUAACAGCAACUGUAACAUCCAUAGCAAAAACAAAAGUAAUAGUAACAAUAACAGCAAGAGCAAAAGUAACAACAAAAACAGUAACAGCAAGAACAACAGCAAUAGAAACAACAAAUGUAAUAGUAACAGGGAUAGUAACAACGGCAACAGCAAGCAUAAUAGCAAAAGCAACAGUAAAAGCAACAACAAAAGUAACAGUAAGAGUAACAAUAACAAGAAAAGUAAAAGUAAUACUAACAUUGAAAGUAACAGCUAG